AUGGCGCCGAGAGCAGAGAAGAAGCCAGCGGAGAAGAAACCAGCCUCCGAGAAACCGGUAGAGGAGAAAUCAAAGGCCGAGAAGGCUCCGGCGGAGAAGAAACCCAAGGCCGGGAAAAAACUGCCCAAGGAAGCCGGUGCCGGCGUCGAGAAGAAGAAGAAGAAAUCGAAGAAGAGCGUCGAGACUUACAAGAUCUACAUCUUCAAGGUUCUGAAGCAGGUUCACCCAGAUAUCGGUAUCUCCAGCAAAGCCAUGGGAAUCAUGAACAGCUUCAUCAACGAUAUCUUCGAGAAACUAGCCCAGGAAUCGUCGAAGCUCGCUAGGUACAAUAAGAAGCCUACCAUCACUUCCCGGGAGAUUCAGACUGCCGUCAGGCUCGUUCUUCCCGGAGAGCUCGCGAAACACGCCGUCUCCGAAGGUACCAAGGCCGUCACGAAAUUCACCAGCUCUUGA